UAUUUUAUGCAUUAGGUGUUGCAAAACAAUGAAUUUUUAUGGGAAUGUCUCUAGCAACCUAAUAAAUUUAUUUGGCGGGAAAUUUUUCCCACGUUCUCACGGAAACCACUUUGCUAGAGUUUUCAAUUUCAAUCGACGGCUCGACGGGCACUUAUUUUCUUUUCAUUUUUCACCUUCUUUUUAUUUUGCUCUCUACAUUUUGGAUCCUUUCUUGGUUACUAAAAGCAGAAAAAGAAAUUUCCUUCCUUCCCUAUGGUUGAAAAUCGAGCCAAUAUCUUGGCUUCCAACGAUGCCGUUGAAUCAACAAAAACCAGUGACCCAUGCAAGCCACCUGUUAAUGACCUUGGGUUCCAAGAAGAAAGUCUUAGCCUUGAUGAUCUUUUAUCUAGCUUUCCGGGGAGGCGCACGCAGAUUUUUGAGAUUUUGCGCCUCUUGGGUCCUUUGAAUUCCCCAAUGUUCCCUAUCUUUAUCUAUGGAGGAGCUUCUACUGGGAAAACCAGCAUCAUUCUCCAGGCAAUGGUUAUUCUAGUGCUAAUUGCUGUGACAAGCCAUAUGAUUUCGUUAACUUUCUUCGCAAAGUGGCAAAUGUCAUCGAAAGUCUUAAAGGGGAUUUCUGGGAAAUUGAAAUUGAACUCCACUGAGUGUCAGGAACGGCCUAAUGGAAGCAUGGUUUACUUGAUGCCUGAGGUGGGACUGAUCUUUGUCAGCAAUUCCUCGCCUGAAACUUAUUACUCAGUAUGGGUUACAAAGAACCUGUCCCUGGUUCAAUCUCAGCCUUCUUUUAAAGAUGAAUCCAACAAGGAGACAAUGCGAAAAUGUAGUACGAAAAGUUCUGGGAGCCAAGAAGGUUUUGAUAAGACAGAUUUCUCUGCAAAAUCUUCUUAUUUCAGCUUUCCUUGCUUCAAGGAACCAGCAACUCUUGAUUCGAUAUUUGAUUCAACUGGAGGUUCUAACAACCGUAAAAGGAAAAGGAAAACAUCUUCACUAGAAGAAUCACCCGACGAAGAAGAAGGAAACGAUGAGCAAAGAAGCGGAGGAAGACGGGGUAGUGGACUGAUGUCUGAUGUUCUCUUGCAAUUAUCCAGUCUAUGCAAUGCCAACUUUAUCAUCAAAGGUGGAAGCUGCCCAUCAGAAGGGUCAACAACGUAUCGUUCAACAGUGUCUGAAAAUCUGGCUCUGAAGGUAAUCUCUUGAUAUAUAUAGCAUCAGAAAAAUAAUUGCACCAGAGUGUUGUUUUAGCUUUUUGUCUUUCCAUAUGUAUGCACCAACAAACCACUUUUACAUUAUAAUUGUCUUCCAAAUGUUUUACAGGUGGCGAGGAGCCUUCAAUUCCCUCUGUCAAAUUAUUUGUACAGAAGAUGACAGUCCGCAAACUAAAACUAAGGCUGUAAUGUGCUCAUCUUUCAUUUGCAAAGUCUGAUUCUUAUUCUACGAGUUUCUUUCUUUUGUAUGAAAUAAGCAGAGCAUGGAAAU